CACAGGGCCAAUCCGGAUAUGAAAACGUUUUGUCCACUGCAAUGGGUGUCCAAAGAUUCGUCCAGGUUUUUGGUGGCAUGAUUUUUCACAGCCCGCCGCAUCUGUAUCAGCACGGCCAUUUCCCCCCAUCAGGUCUACGAUAGCUGCAAAUUUUACUGCAAGGUUUCCGAAUACUCUUCGUCUGAUGCAUGGACGUCUUGUGAACUGGACGGCUAAUAUUCUGACUGUGAUCAGUGGGCACACCCAUCUAGUGUGGUCAGUCUUGUUCUCGCCCGAUGGCGCUCCCAUUGUGUCUGGUUCUUCAGAUUACCCUGCCGGCUGUGGGAUGCAGGAACAGGGCUGCCAUCGGGUGAGCCCUUCCGAGAGCACAUUUAUCCAAUUUCACAGACGUCCCACCACACCUUGCAAACUGGCAACUAUCAUGUUGACCGACACUCGGAACAAUCGCACUAUUUGCUUCCCACCACGCUUUGAAUAUGCACCGCAAAACCCUGCUAAGAUACUCGAAGGCACCUCUCAUCUUAAUCCAACCCUUGUCGUGCUAGAAGAUGGUGGAUGGAUAGCAGGAGCCUGUCGUCGGCUGCUUUGCUGGGUACCGCCCGCUUCCCGAGCAGAACCAUUUUAUUCUCUUGGGCUUGUAUUAAUGAUACCCAUUGGGCUAGAUAUUGAUUUGAGUCGCAUGGCUCAUGGAGAACACUGGUCGAAUCGCCGAGAUUGCUACUUGCCAAUGAUCCCGUUGUAGUGAUGUCGAGUGUACAAUUUUGUUCCAUGCCAGUCCUAUAACUGCUAUCGAGCUUGAAUUUCAAGUCGUCCACUAUCAUCGUGGUUGCA